CCACGGCCACGGAUUAAUCUGUUUCCAUGGCUAUAAUAGUAUUAUCUUAAUUCGUUGUUACGACAUACGGAUAAGUUAUCUGCUAUCAUGAUUUAAGAUUUAACCAUUUUAAUCUUAGACCGUGGUUCAACUAUCAAGUUUAAUGUUUAGUUUUUAAUAUUAUUCUUACGAUUACUAAUGGCCAUACUCCAUAGACACGCAACUAACUUUGUUAUACCUACACCUAUAAUCAUGCUAUAAUACACUACACUAUACAGUUUAUAGGUCAAUAUGGGGCCCCUUCCCAUAAAAUAUCUUAAUUUAUUAAAUUCUUUAAUCCUGACUGUUUUUAUUUGAUUAUAACAUUUAACAUAAAAUAUCUUUAUUUUAUUUUUCUAGACUUUUUAAUUACAAUAGUUCAUUUUUUUAUGCAAAUUACAUUUUCACAGUAGUUAUGUAAUUAUUUGACCAUCUAGUUCACUCUUUAGGUUUAUUCAAAUAUUUACUGAUUGCUAUUAUACACGAUAUUAAUUAUAAAUUAUAAUAUUUUCACAGCUAAAUAAUUUGCAUCUUGUAUUUUUUAUUGAAAGAUACUUGAACAAAUAAGAACUAUAUUCUGACAUUUUUUCUUGACCUGGGGUUACCAAUGAAUAAUUCAUUUACAUAUUGUUUAUAUAGCCAUUAAAGCAAAGAAAUCACAUCAUACAAUUGUAAAGUAUAUAUUUAUAACAUACUCUUUUUUAAUAGAGUAUAGAGGUUUCAUUAUUUUUAUAUUUUAAUAAUUUAUUAAGACUUUUGUGUUAUUAAAUCAAUAUGCCGUUAAAAGGAUUAAACAUCUUAGAAUUUUCUGGAUUGGCACCAGGACCUUUUGUUGGAUCUAUAUUAUCAGAUUUUGGAGCAAAUGUGACCAUUAUCCAAAAAAGAAAUGUUAUUAUGCAACUAACAGGCUUUUUAGAUGGUGGUAAAAAGUCUAUAUGUAUAAAUUUAAAACAUCCAGAAGGUGUUGAGAUUACACAGAAAUUAAUCACUAAUGCUGACAUCUUACUUGAACCUUAUAGACCUGGUAUUAUGGAAAAACUGGGAUUAGGCCCGAAUGAAAUGAUGGCCAAAAAUCCACGUUUAAUAUAUGCUCGAUUGAAUGGAUAUGGUUCACAAGGAAAAUAUGCACAGAGAGCUGGUCAUGAUAUAAAUUAUUUAGCCAUAUCAGGAUUGUUAUCAUUGUAUGGUUCAAAAAAUACAAAACCUGUUCCUCCUGUAAAUUUUUCUGAAUUUGCGGGUGGUAGUAUGGUAUGUAUAAUGGGAAUUUUAAUGGCAGUCAUAGAAAGAUACAAAAGUGGAAAAGGUCAAGUGGUCGACGCCAACAUAACUGAAGGCAUUUCGUAUGUUGGAAGUUGGUUGAUGUGUUCACAAGAUUCGAUGAUUUGGGGAAAACCAAAAGGACAAAAUUUACUGGACGGAGGAGUGCACUUUUAUGAUACAUACGAAACCAAAGAUGGUAAAUGGAUGGCUGUUGGUGCAAUAGAACCAGAAUUUUAUAAAGUGUUCAUUGAAGGACUAGGAUUGAACAUUGAUGAAAUUGAACAGAUGGAUAAUUUUGAAAGAAAUAGAGAAAUUAUUUCAAAAAAAUUUAAAGAGAAAACAAGAGAAGAAUGGUGCAAUAUUUUUGAUUCAAAAGAUGCUUGUGUUACUCCUGUGUUGGAGCUGGACGAAGUUGAUCAGCAUCCUCAUAAUGCAAGUAGAAAUUCAUUUAUAAGGAAAGAUAAUAAGGUGUUGCCUGUUCCUGCACCAAAACUAAGUGCCACUCCUGGUGUUUCAAGUUCAACUAAACCGAUUGCAGUUUAUGGACAGAAUACAAGGGAAAUACUUGAAAGUAUGGGAUAUACACAAAAGGAAAUCAACAAACUAUUUCAAAAUAAAAUUAUAUUUGAAGAUUCAAAAUCAAGAUUAUAGUUGGGUAUUUUAGCUUAUGUAUAGAAGUAAGCUUUUGUGAUCAUAUUUUUAUGUAUAUAAUAGUUUUAUUUUUGAGAUUGUAUAUCAU